GGCAACUAGCCUUACCAAUGUAUUUUAUUGCUUUUGACAACAAGGAGAAAGGAAAAGUGUAGUUAUGUUCCUGGUUGGAUGAAUAAUGGUUGCUGAAAAUGAUCCCGACCAUGGCAGACAUAAACUCAAUAUACAAUCACAGAACUUAGAUUGUCAAUGAUUAGCAGAUAAAGUGGAAACUACAGACAAUCAGAAAAACAAACAUGGAAAGGACACAGGAAUUCUCUCAUUCAGACAAGUCCACGGUCAAUCAAAUUUCUUUGAAAUUUUUUCAAAGGCAAAGCAGAUCUUAAUUUUUUAAAAAGACAGUGAAUGCGGUUCAACAAAUAAAUGAAAAGAGAACAGUUUAGCUAACGAAAUAAAAAAAAAAAAGAAAAAAAAAAGAAAUGACUGAAACUUGUAAGGAAUUUGAAAUCCACGAAUAUUUUGUAUCAGAAUCUCAUUUGCCCUGUGUGGAAGAAAUCUAAUCCAGUCUGCAAACAAAGAACAUCUUCCAUACAAUGAAGAUGUCAAAUCAAGAUUUGAAUAAUAGGGUAACCAGACUGAAAUGUUAAUUUCAAGCAAACUUUUGAAUUGUUAAAAUGCAUAAUACAUCCCAAGAAUCCAGCAGCAAUUGUCCCAUAAUACUCAUGUCAGAAUCUACAAAAUCUGCAAGUUGUGAAGAAGGGGACGAAAAAUCUACUGCACCUUGUACCAUUAAUACCAAUCAUGGUUGUUGUUUCGAGCAAGUGAAACAAGAAGUCAUACAAAAUGAUGAGAGGUCCCAAAAUCUGUCUGAAGAAAAAAACCUUGUGAUUGGCAUUAUAGAGGAGAGAGGACAGAAAACUUUGACUGGUCAAGAAAUACAGAAUCUCAAUGAGCUGGUCAUAGAGUCUGAAAAUCCCUCGAAUCUCAUAAAAACUGUAACAAAGAAAAGAGGAAGACCCAAAGGUGCCAGGAAUGACUCUACUUGUAUGAAAUCCAAAACCACAUUGCAUAAUAAAAAAGCACACAAAGAGGAGGAAAAAAAGAGGGGAAAGAAACUGUCCCAUUCAAAGUUAUCCAAGAAAAAUACCGGUAAUGUAAUGAAUAAAUUUAAAGGAGCAAAAGAGAUGCGAGUUCAGGUCUUGAAGUUGACUACAAGUCUUAGAAGUGACAAACCAGGGGAUGAAAUUGAAAAAUGUUUGAAAAGUAGCCCAAAUAAAGAAACUUUGACUAAAAGAAAGAAUGCCACUAAGAAAAGCCCAGAAUCUUCUUCUGGAUCACCAAAGAAAAGGAAACAAUUAGCACCUAUUGACACCAGCAUAGAAAUAAAAAAAGAACCAGAGUCUUCAGAAGAGGACAACUUUGACAAUGAUCCAGACUAUUUUCCCAUCAAGGAGGAGCCAGGUUUAUUAACACCAGGCAGAAAAAAGAGCAGAAUAGGCAGGCCUCCAAAAAUUGGAAGCCAUCCCUGCAAGAAAUGCCAAACCAUUUUUUCCACAAAAAAGCUUCUCCAAUUGCAUCAGAAAGUUCACUCCAUUCCCAAACAGUCAUGUCGCUUCUGUGACUUUGAAGCCAAAUCUUUAGUGGUGAUGAUGGAACAUGAAGCCAAGCAUACCAAUGAAAAACCAUUUAAAUGUGAUCAUCCAGAAUGUGAUUAUGCUUCCAAGUCCAAUGUAGACUUACAAAGACACAAAUCUAAACACUCUACAGAAAAGAAAUACAAAUGCCCUUAUGAAAACUGCGACUUUGUAACCAAAUGGCAAAGGAAUAUCCGUCACCAUGUUCUGCGCCAUACGGAUGAAAGACCACACCCUUGCCAUCUUUGUCCUCAAUCAUUUAAACGUAUUCAAGAUCUCAAGUAUCAUUUGUACCGCCACAAUGAUGAUAAACCAAUUGCUUGUGAUGAGUGUGAUUUCAAAUGCAAAACCAAUUUUGAACUGAAAUGCCAUAAGCUCAAACACAGUGAUGUCAGAAACUAUGCUUGCACUUAUCCUGGUUGUACUCAAAGAACCAAAUCAAAAAGUGAUUUGACCAAGCACAUGAAAAUCCACUCAGAUAAGAAAGACUUUAUUUGUGAUGAGUGUGGAAAAGGAUUCCGAACCAGAGCCUGUUUAUCAAAGCAUCUCCAGAGACACUCUGAGGACAGACCAUUUUCUUGCUACAUCUGCAACAGAGCUUUCAAGGUCAAAGUUGCUUUAAGGAAACAUGUGGCCUUGCACUCAGAGUAUAGACCCUUUUCUUGCGAAAUGUGUGGACAGAAGUUUUCAAGUAAAUCCAAUAAGAAUGUUCACAUGAAAACCCAUGAUUAUUCAGACAGACCAUUUCCUUGUCCUGUGUGUCCAUAUGCAGCCAAAAUCCAGAGUCAUCUGUUGUCUCAUAUAGGCAGCAUGCAUGGAAACUCAUACGCUUAUUUUUGUGAAAUCUGCAAGAAACCUUUCAAGAGAUAUGGACAAUUAAAGGUCCACCAUGUAAGGAUGCACCCAGAGGUAGAUUUUGGUAAACUAAAAUCAGAGAAUGCAGUUUAUAAAAAGAAGAUGAAAGAUGGCAUCAUUGUGGAUUAUGCUCUCGAUGAAGACACUUUGGUUAGUGUUGAGGAAUGCAUAAAUUCAGUUAUUACAGAAUCCAAACAAAGCGUAGAGGAAGAAGAGGAAAAAGACUUUUCUUUAAUGCUCAAUGAAGUAAAUCAAAGUGAAGACUCUAAUAGCAAGCCAGAUUUUUCGAUGGUAAAUAAGGAGACCAACAUGUAUACAGUUGCACCAGAGGUAGAGAAAAGAAAGAGAGGUAGACCAAAGAAACUAAAACCUUGCAUUGAAAUCCAAAAUUUAGAGGUUAAACAGGAAGAUAUGAAAAUUCAGAGUGAUGCUGAAAAGUUGCAAGAAAAUCUUGUUUUGUCUGAAAAACUGAUAAUCACUGCCGCAAAUCCAGAUAUUAAGGAUAAUAUUGUUUUGGAAAAUUUGAAUGGAGAUGUCUCUUUGACCCCUGUAACCCCCAGUGAGUUGACCAAAGAACUCCAGACUGAGUAUUGUCCCCAGCAGACUAAAGACACAAUUAAAACACCUGCAACCCUUACUAUAUAUAAAGGUGGUUUCAGAUUGCCUCUGGCCACAAAAGGUUUCAAAUUCAAUUUUGACAAAACUGGCAAAAAACCUAAGUCUUGGUUUAUGAAUCCAGACAACAUGCACAAGGGUGCUAGAGAACAUCAAAUGAAGUAUUUAGCUAGGAAAGACACUGAAUACAAAUACUACUUGAGAGCACAGAGGAAGAAGAUGAUGGGGAGAAAUAAGGUGCUGGAGAGCUUAGAAAGGAGGAGAAAAAGUGCUGCCAAAAGAUUUGCAACAUCUAAAUCUACUCAAAUAAAAAGACGACAUGGGAAGGAGCCAUUCAGAUUCACAAAAGUAGUAGAAGAAGGUCAUGGCAGUAUUGGUAGAAAAAGAAAAAAGCAAACCCUGAGCAAGUCAAGUUCUCUGGUAGACAGCAUUCCAUGUCAGACACUACCAAAACUAAUCUUCAAGAAGAAUCCAGAUCAGCAAGAAGAAUACCAAUGUUACCAGAAGGAAGAUAGAAAAACAGAUAUUAGAUUGCAAAGUCAUAUGAAUGAAGAUGAAGAAAAUACUUAUGUUGAAGAGAAAGAUGAUGGAAUAGUUUUGCCAGCAAUUUCCGUCAAUAGCAAAGAAAACCCAAAGGAAAGUUGUUUCCAAAGUAAUAUUAGAGUGUGCUUUAAAAAGAAGAAGGGGAGACCAAAAACUAAAAUUGUAAAGAAACCUGUGGAAAUGAAUGGUUUAAAGAAAUUGUCAAACAAAAAGUCCAAAGUUACAAAGACACCAGUUCAGACCACAGACUUAGCAAAUGUCAGUGAUCCCCCAAAAGUAUUGCAGGUUAAAAAGAAGAGAGGAAGACCUCCAAAACAGAACAAGCAAGAGAUUGAUACCUUGAAUAAUUCAAAGACCUCUCAGGAAAAUUUAAUUACCUCUUCUAAUAAAGUUGGAAGGAAUUCUAAGAAGGCAAAAGUGGUAAAGAUGGCCAGUAUAUGUAAUUCUCCAGCUGGAAAAGGAAGAAGAGCAAGGAAGCAAAAGGAUCCUUUUGUAAUUGAGUGGGAAACAGGAGAACAAGAGGAUUCUAUUGCACCAAUCAAAGUUGAAGAGAUAGAUAGAGAACUCUCUUUGGUGGAAUCAAAACCUGAAAUGGAUUUAUUACCCAAAGGUGUGUGUGCCAGCAAUGUAAGUACUGAUAUUAUUUUACCAGAGAGAUUAACAGUUGUUGAUUCCACCACAAUGGAGACCAUAACCAGUAUAAAGUUGGAGCCCCAAGAAGAGGCUGGUAACUAUGGAAACAGUAACGAUGGUUACCAUGAUAGCAACCCCAUCUCAACUAAUGCACAGGAGAGACCUCCUGAUGAUAUGUUGGUAAUGAAAGAUUAUGUUGGUGAAUUUGGUCAUAUCUAGAUAAUCGUGAUAGGUAAUAUAUUUAUUUGAUAUGUAAGUGUUUUAUUUGGUGUUGUUUGAGGUGUUUUUGCAAUGUUUUUACAUAAUUAGUGCUCAGAUAUUCUUUAACUAUUGUCUCUCUUUCACUGUGUUAUUGUUAAGAGAGUAACUCCUUAUACUUACAUCUACUUGUUACUUCAAGUUUUCUGAUCAAAUCAUGAGAUUGAUAUAUUGCACCAUAUUUUUUUAUAUUAUAUCUCAUUCCAUAUUUAUUCCUGCAGCUUCUGAGUGAAUGUGAAUUUUGAAAAGUACUGUAAUCUCUGUUACUGACUGAAACUUUCCACUCUAGUUGAAUCACCACAAACAAAGCUUUAGUACUACUGUUUAUAAUGAUUAGGAUGUAGUGCUGUGUAUUUGUUCUUUUACUGCAAGAAUUGCUUUAAUAUAAAACAUGAUGAUUGUAUCUGUACAUUGUGUGGUUUUAUUUUAAUUUCUUUUUACUGUAGAAGAUUGUGCUCCAAAAGAACAAAUCAAUCUUUAUGUUAUACCUUUGUGCAAAUUUUAUUUUAUAUUAUACAUUAUUUAUCUCAAAGAUAGUUUAUUUUUAUUCAUGAUAUUUUAACUUACAUUAUAUAAAGAAAUCCAAGGCGUGCAUUUUUGUUUGUUUGGUGUUUUUAUUGUCUGGAAUAUUUCAUUAUGUGUACAUGUUAGCUGCUUGUUUUCUUUUCUACAUGAUCUGAACAUUUUACUUGGAUGCCCAGUUUUCCUGUACUUUAUUUAUAUACAAUGUAUUUACCAGUAGCUUUGGUAAUGUAAUUGCAUAAUUUUAUUUUCCAUAUGGUAUAGACUAUACCUAUUUGUAUAGAAUAAUUCUGACUGUCCUAAGAUGGUAAUGAUUUUUCACAGGCAGUUAUACUGUAGUUAAAGGAGGGUUGGGGUCACCCCCCCCCCCCCCCCAAAAAAAAAUCCCAUAACAUAAUAGAAUUCUGCAGAACCUAUGUGAUGUCAAAUUACUGGUUCCAUGCCUAUUUCAUGUAUCUCUCAGUAUUUUUGUUUAUAUUGGAUUACCUCAUUAAAUACCUGUACAAAAAAAUGCUAAUUUUGUGUUUGCAUGCAUUUUGAAAAGUUCAAAGAAUUUUGAUGUUAGUUCUUUUUCUAUUAUACAUAUAUUUUAUUCAGUUUUAUCAGCAUAUAAUGAGAGGUGUGUCCAAUGAAAAAAAUCUUGUAUUUAUUAAGAAAAUUGUAAAAGAGAGAUGAAAACAAAUAAACACUUGCCAGCCAAAAAUGAUUUAAAUCACAAAAUUGAAUGCAUAUGGGCAUUUUGGGGGUAUAAAAUGUUAUAGCAAUUUUUCAUAGAGGUAGAUUUUGCCAAAAGAAGACCUAGUUCAGGGCCUAGUAUAUUGCAGGUUUUACUUAGGCUUUUAUAAAGAGAGAGUUUGGCAGUGAACAUGCCAAUUUAUAAGUUAUAGGUUUAAUUACAUUUGUAAUAUUGAUUUAAUUUAAUAUUAUGUCCUAAUUGUUUACAAUAUGUAACCAUGUGUAAAUGUAAUUUGAAGUAAAGUACCGCUUUAUGUUAUGUUAAUGAGUUGUAAACUUCUGUUGUGCUUUGAUAAUGAAUAAAUUCUGUGUGUUA